CAGCGUUUACCAACCAAAUAAAAAGAAGGCCAAAGGUGGUAGAUGCAUGAGCCUCAAACACCACCACAACUCAAAACUCAUUAAACUCUUCUCCUUUUUUUUCUUCUCAAGAAGUAUAUCCAGAGCUAUAUUCGACCUUCUUGUCAGUUACCACCUUCUUCUUUUCCCCUCUUUUUAAAGCUUUGAUUUUGAUGCAAUGGAUUUGCUUCUUAUGAGUUUUCUUACAAUGGCAGAGAAGUAAACAAAUUCAAAAGUCAAUAUGGUGAGCUUAAGAAGGCGCAGGCUACUGGGACUUUGUUGUGGACCAAAUGGUUAUGUGACACCGCUUCCUUUUCUAACUGCCGAAGAGAUGAUCACUGGGAUUCCAAAUCCUAAUGGCGUAGCAGCUUAUAGUCCCGUGCCUAAGGAGGAGAAAACGCCUAUUGUAGAAGGGUCACGGUCCCAGAGGCAAAGAACUCCUUCAAAAUAUCUUAUGCAAUUCAGGUCUGAUUCCUCAGCUAUUUCACCGGAUGAUUAUGGUUCCAUCUCUCCUAAACUGGAGCAAGACGUGUGUGAUUCAGACCAGCCGCUAAAACGAAGAAAGCGGCAUAGAAGAAAGCAAGUAAAAAACCAAGAACCAUGUUUGAUGAGGGGAGUCUAUUACAAGAACAUGAAAUGGCAAGCAGCCAUUAAAGUUGAGAAGCGACAGAUCCACUUGGGAACUUUCUCUUCUCAAGAAGAGGCUGCUCGUUUAUACGAUAGGGCUGCUUUCAUGUGUGGAAGGGAACCAAACUUUGAGCUCUCGGAAGAGGAUAAACGAAAACUCAAACAACAAAGCUGGGAAGGGUUUUUGGCUUGCACACGCCGAAAAAUUAUUAACAAAAAACCUAAGAGAAGGGUGGAGCAAGAGGAACUGGAAUAGGGGGGUGGGGUGUAAGUGAUGAUAAGGAGAUCAAUGGUAAUUAUGCACGCUAUUUACAUGAAGAAAAAGAAGAACGAGAUUCACAAAACGUGACUAUUCUUGCAGACAGUUUUUUUGGCAGUGGGUAAAGAGACUCGAAUACGAAGAAAAUGUUAGAUACAUGAGAAGGCUUAAGAGAUAUGUAUCAAACAAACGAUAGAUUUUUUUUUUUGUAGUUAUUAUUUAUUCAGACAUGAUUUGUGUAGCUUAUAAUUUUACAGGUAUGUUACUUAAUAUAUUACAAAGAUUUAUUAAA